AUGCCCCCAAUUGAUGGCGGAGCACACUCUCCAGCGAUCAAUACCAAGUCCAGAACCGUAGUAAAGGCUCAACUUCUCGACGGUUUUCCCGAACGGUCCAAGAAAUUGAAAGCAGCCAUGCAUGAAGUGCAGGAACAACGCAGUGCUUCUGUCAACCCAUUCAUUCUCUCCAUCUCCAUGAUCUUGGUGUCUGAAAUUGGUGAUAAGACCUUUCUGAUCUCUGCUUUGAUGGCGAUGCGUCAUUCAAGAGUGGUGAUCUUCACGGCUUCUAUCGCUUCGCUGGCUGUUAUGACUGUUCUUUCUGGAAUCUUGGGACAUACUCUACCAACAAUACUUUCAAAAAGAGUCACUCAAUUCGUGGCCUCGUUCUUGUUUCUGGUCUUUGGUUACACUCUAACAAAGGAUGGAUUGGCAAUGUCGAAGAAUUUGGGGGUUGAGGAGGAACUUGCAGAGGUCAAGGAAGAACUCUCCGUCAUUGACUUGAAUCGUAAGAUGAGCGAGUUGGAGAACGGGCCUGUCACUCAACCAGCUCCAAAGACAAAUUUAGGGUGGGUCCAAGUCUUUUCUUCGUCCAUCUUUUCCCCAUUAUGGGUCCAAACCUUCGUCAUGGUCUUCCUCGCUGAAUGGGGUGAUCGUUCUCAAGUCUCGACCAUUGCAAUGGCUGCAGGUUCUGACUAUGGACUCGUUAUUCUCGGUGGUACUGUUGGCCAUGCUAUCUGCUCCUCCAUUGCUGUGCUUGGUGGUCACUUUUUGGCCUCGAGAUUGAGUAUGAGAACUGUAACUCUGAGUGGUGCGUUUGCAUUCUACAUAUUCUCUGUGGUUUAUUUCUACAACGCCUGGUAUGACUUUGAAUAG